ACGGAACGCGCUGGCAGCUACACUCACUUGAUCGCCUAACGUCGAGGCGUACGUAUCGAAUUUUCCGUAGCUCCCGUCAAAUCAUUUUGGUGCGUCCGAAGGAACAGGGUUUUAGUAGUGCCUCGCGCUUGUUUGUAGGACCCGUCAGUACCGGUCUAGUACUGGAAGUGAACGAUUGGUGUUCGAUGCAAAAAACGGACAGUGAGUAUGUGUCCUUUCAUACGAAGCGAAUCCUGUGCGAGUGUGUGAUCCAAAGACAAAUGUGAACAGAGUGGAUUUGAUUUUAUGAAUAGAAUCUAACGGUACAUUGAAAUCGAUGGAAGGAGCGGUUCAUUUGUUUGCUCCAGUGCGGUGUGUGGAUUAGUGUGCGACAAACGAACGGUGCGUCCAGUGGGAUUAGUAAAAAAGGAUUACGAGUGAUUCGAGUAGUUCGAGGAACGGAUGAAAGAUAGUCCGUAGGAGUGUGUCGUUAUUUGAAUGCGGUUGGAUAACUGACAGCAGCAUCAGUGGAAGUGUAGUUAUUUCCUCUCUCUCUAUUGGAUGAUCCUUUGCCGGGCAACUACAAAAUGACAAUGUCGCAACUAUUGAAGCAAACGAAAAAGUGUUGCGUUAAGAUGAUCAGAAAAUUCUCGUUCCACCCGACCGGGUCCUCCUCGUCAUCGCCGUCGAGUGAACGGAACGGAGGUGGCACGUCCCUCGGUGGCCCUGGUGGCAUUAGCGGAGGUCGUUCGAUUUCGCUAAACAAUCGGACUACCGCCAAGUAUGUGCUGCAUAAAAAUUGUACCCCCACGCGGUGUAAAGUACAGCCCACCUCGCCGGACCGGUUCGCCAGGGCAAGCUCGACGACGGCCAGCUGGACGAACGGAACGGAAGAAUCACCCGCCGGUGUACGACGCAGGCUGGACCUGUCACCCAAGCCGGACGUGGAAAUUCCACCCACACAGAAUAACUACCGCGUCAGCAGGGACGGGAAGAACCUGCCGAAGAAGCGAACCAACAUUUGCAGCAAUAAGAAUGUGAAUCUGAGAAAGUGUUUCCGUCUGAGGAAGGGUUUCAAGGAUGAGCUGAGCAGCGAGGAGGUGAACAAUAGUAGUAGCGUAGUAUCGUCCAAGUUAGAUAAAAUAAGCAAGACUUUGUACAAUGUGGCGGGCGGCAGUGGGACGGAUGAGAACAAACUGUUUGGCGGUAUAAACGCCAAUAAUCUAGCCUCGCAAACAAAUGAGAAAAGCAAAAUUUCCAAGCCAUUGUUUUUGAGUGGGAAACAUAAAAAGUAUAACCAGAUAGAAACUCAAUUCGGUGCCGACGACGAUGAGGUGGACUACGAUGAGGACGAUGAGGACGAUGAGUUCGUGGCAUGCGAACUGGACGCCAUCCGGGAAGAAAAUAAUUCAUAUGACGGUGGUCGGUUACAGUUUGAGCUGAGUCAACCGCUUCCGGAGUUGGACGUGUCCCCGUUGUCCGAUGAAACCGUCGAUAACUAUGACGAAAUUGUGUUUGAAAAAGUGAAAUAUGACCGAAACAAGCGUUACCUGCGAAAUGGAACCACCAGCUCACCGUCCACGGCCAGUAAUCGAUCGCAUAAUGCCGAAAGUAUCCUGUCGACUAGCUUCGACAGCAAACCGGAUCCUCAUCUUACCCAGCUCAGUUCCGAUGUGACCAACAAAAGCGAAGACUUUGUAGAUCCAUGGCGAAACUACAAUGUGAACAGUCGUUGGAACAAGGUCGCCAAGAAUCCGUGGGACAUUGAGGCGCAACGAGUGGAAUCUCCGGCCAUGUCACCACUGCGACAUACCUCCUGGAAUCCGUUCACCGAGGAACCGGCCGAACCGAGCACUCCGCCCCAUCAGUUCGUUGGGAAGAAGUUUUCGCCGCCCUAUCAGGUUCGGACCGACAUUUGGCAAAAUUUGAACAACAAAAACUACGAAAUCGACUCGGAUGUCAUCUGGCGGACGUCGAACUCGUCGCGACGUACCUCUGCCAGCACGGUGGAAACCUGGAUCGAGGACGAAGUGUUCGACAAUUCCUUCAACGAGGAACUCGAACGACGGUGUGCCACCCUCAAGAUCUAGGCCCCGACCUGAAAUGACUCGACGGUGCAAUAAACGGACUGUUGAUGCGAGUGCGACCAGUGAACAAUGCAAACAGCAAUACUUGUGUCUUUUCUGCUUUCCUGAGAAAAGAUGACAACGUUAGCUUCCUCCCAUGGGUUGUGGGCCCUAUGGGAAAUCUAGUUCGAUAAUGAUAUGUUAAAAUUGGAGCUUGUGAUAUUAAUCUUUAUUUAUAGAAACAAAACAAAACAAAACAGAAACAACAGAAAAGUGAACAGAGCAAAUCUAAGUCUAGUUUAAUUUUUUUUAUAUAUAUCAAAAGAAUUGAGACUCUUUUUGUUUGCUGUUUUUGUGAUUUUAUUUUCUGUUAAAUGAACCAAUGAUCUCAUCUAGAUUGUGACUGUAUUGGUAGUUAUUAUAAUUUGCCUACUUAAUUCAUCAAGAAAUGCUUUAACUACAUUAAUUAAGUAAUGAAUAAAUUGUAAGCGCAAAUGGAACAAAAUUUCGAAAGAGCAGUAAAACAAAAACAUACACAACCUAAAACUGUUUAUCACACGAGAGGCGUUAGCUACAUGAAACAGGAAAAAUACAUGAGAAUCAAUCAAAUCAAACCUCUUUUUGCUAUUCCCUUCCGUUCGAUUCCCCCCCCCCCCCCCCCCAAUUUUGCUAAUACAUGCUGGUCCAAAACCGUAUCUUUCAAUCUGGGAAAGAACAGAGCUACCGAGUGUUUGAACGGAACGAACAAUAAGCGCAAACAAACAAAGCAGAAGAAACGAAUAACUACAAAAAGAAAAUUGCAACAGCAAAAAUAAAAAAGCAGAUAAAACAAAAA